AUGUAUGCGCUUGUCCAAUACAUCUCGUCAUGCCAUUAAGUGCUUGCAUUGAUACGUAUAUGUCGGUUUACAGUAGAGCUAAAAGCAGCACGCCUCCAGUUCCGAGGUGGCUUGGGAAAAUCCAACGACGGGGUUGCAGACUGUGUGCCACAAAUAAAAAUUCAGGCACCAGCCGGGCCCAACAUCAAUCACCGCCACGCCCGACUCUGUUUCACCCUUUUGACUUUCUACCCACCCGCCCGAGUCUACACGGCCUGCGUUCCAAGUUCCUCAGCACCGAGGCCCGGCAUCGAUUUUGUUUGCGACACAUCUACAACCCGCCGUCAAAAUGAGCGACGCGCAGGCGAACGAGGCCGAGAAGAACAUUGAGAUCUGGAAGGUCAAGAAGCUGAUCAAGCGUCUUGAAGCCGCCAGGGGCAAUGGCACAUCCAUGAUUUCCCUGAUCAUCCCUCCCAAGGAUCAAGUCUCCCGUAUCGCGAAGAUGCUGGCUGAAGAAUACGGUACUGCCUCCAACAUCAAGUCACGAGUCAACCGACAGUCUGUCCUUUCCGCCAUUACGUCCACCCAGCAGCGCCUGAAGCUGUACAACAAAGUACCCCCCAACGGUCUUGUCGUGUACUGUGGUGAAAUCUUGACCCAGGAGGGCAAGGAGCGAAAGGUCAACAUCGACUUUGAGCCGUUCAAGCCCAUCAACACUUCGCUAUAUCUCUGCGACAACAAGUUCCACACGGAAGCCCUCGCCGAGCUACUUGAGUCCGACCAAAAGUUUGGCUUCAUCAUCAUGGACGGUAACGGCGCCCUGUUCGGUACACUGAGCGGCAACACACGUGAGAUUGUUCACAAGUUCUCGGUCGAUCUUCCCAAGAAGCACGGUCGUGGUGGUCAGUCCGCGCUGCGUUUUGCUCGUCUCCGUGAGGAGAAGCGCCACAACUACGUGCGCAAGGUUGCCGAAUUGGCCGUGCAGAACUUUAUCACCAACGACAAGGUCAACGUCGCCGGGCUGAUUCUUGCUGGUUCUGCCGAUUUCAAGAACGACCUCAACGGCUCUGACAUGUUCGACAACCGCCUGGCGACCAAGGUCAUCAAGGUUGUUGACGUCUCGUAUGGUGGUGAGAACGGAUUCAACCAGGCCAUCGAGCUGUCCUCGGAGACUCUCGGCAACGUCAAGUUCAUCCAAGAGAAGAAGCUCAUUGGUCAAUAUUUCCAAGAGAUCAGCCAGGACACCGGCAAGGUUUGCUACGGCAUCGACGAUACACUCAAGGCACUUGAGCUUGGUGCCGUGGAGACACUGAUCAUCUUUGAGAAUCUGGAGAUCACCCGCUGGGUCCUCCGGGACAGCGAGGGCUCCGAGCAUCAACUCCACCUCACCAAGGCCCAGGAGGCCACGAACCGUGAUAAGUUCUUGGACAAGGCAACUGGACAAGAGAUGGAGAUUCUCGCACAGGAGUCUUUCCUUGAGUGGAUUGCCGAGAACUACCGCCAGUUCGGCACGAACCUUGAGUUCGUCUCGGACAGGUCUACUGAAGGCAACCAGUUCGUCAAGGGAUUUGGUGGUAUUGGUGGUAUCCUCCGUUACAAGGUCAACUUUGAGCAGUUGGCUGACAUGAGUGACGAUGACGACUACUAUGACGAUUGACCUCUGGACUCCCUCGUGGCCCACGAGGGACAGACUCAAGAUCGACCGUCCGCGCAAGCUUCCGAAGCUGCGCCCCCCGCUGCGCUAAAGUCGAGCGACGCUGCACCAAAGUC